AUGGCGUGUCCCCUGGAGCAGGCGCUGGCCGUGAUGGUCUCUACCUUCCACAAGUACUCCGGGAAGGAGGGGGACAAGUACAAGCUCAGCAAGCAGGAGCUCAAGGAGAUGCUCACGAAGGAGCUGCCCAGCUUCAGCCAGAGACAAACCAGCGAGGCCAGCUUACAGCAACUCAUGUGCCACCUGGACAGCAACAGCGACAGCGAGGUGGAUUUCCAAGAGUACGUGACCUUCCUGGCCUGCAUGGCCAUGAUGUGCAACGACUUCUUCCAGGACUGCCCCGACAAGAUGCCGCACAAGAAGUGA